ACUAAAAGUAAAAGUUUUAACUGAAAAUAAGUUUUAUAAAAACUACCGUAACUAACAAUGCGUUCAGUGAUUGCCUUAAUUGUUAUGGUUUUAGUGAUGUUCACAAUUGGUGAAUUUAAGCAUGUAGAUCAACCAUUUUCCAUUCCCAUGCUAAAGGAUGUUGAUGAGUUCAACGACUAUAUCGAAGGUCUUAAUGCCACAUCGAUUGAGCAAGGUGAUUCAAAUGGUUGCUAUACGUGUUCGAGUCCCUGUGCGAUGAUAUACUGUUGCUCCGGUCCGUACCCCCAGUGCUGUGCAGUCGGCGGCCGAUGUUAUUGUUGCCAUAAGCCAUCAUUUCAUGUGAAACUUCAUGCGAGGGAUCAAUUGAUUAGACAUAUAUACAAAUCGCACUUAAAUGAGUUCCCAAAGAGUCCCAUAACCAACGCUACCAAACAUUUCAUAACGUAUAACAAGAUUGUAAUCAAUUCAUUGCCCAAACCAUACGAAACCGAUUGCUUAUAUAGGAACGAGUGGCCGGAUGUAUGGCCCGGAAAUUACUUGACAUACAACCAGUCACUGGAUGUGAAUAUGUAUGACAUGUAUGACGAUAUUCUUAAGCAAAAUAUGACUAUCGAUGAG